CUCACAUAUAAAGAACGUACGCUUGGCGCGUAGAGACAGUUGGCAGUAGUGAGCAUCUUUGCGUCCUGUCGAAAAUGAAGCUCUUCGUCGCGCUCUUGGCUGUCGGGCUGCCUGCCCUGGCCGCCGCCCACUCCUGGAUCGUCUGUACGGACUACCUGGAGAACAACGGCUGGUACUGGGACGAAGCCAAGUGUCGAGGAUGGCCACGCGGAGCUACAUAUUACAACCUUCGGUUUGGGACAUUCGGGACACAUAACAACUACACCUGGCGCCUGGACAACCACCCCGAGGACCGGGCUCUGUGUAAAGUGUCCCGGAAUGACGACCGUCGGUACACCGAGGAAACCCCCAUGGCUGCCUACUACCUGGGCCAGGAGGUCGUCAUAACUCAUCCGGCAAACAACCAUGUGGCGGAGUCCCAGUGCCGAUGGAGGGCCACCAUCGACUGGGAGAACCUGAUGUUUGUAGUGGACGGAGACGAGGACCCCUGCUGUAUCGACUCGGACAAACUCAUCCAAAUCAUGGACAUGGGACGGUCACCAUAUGGGACUGAGCUUUCCGAUGAAGUUCUCAGGACAUACCCGAAACCCGGUUUCCAGAACGUGCCCAAGUUCUGUGAGGAUCCUGAGGACGCCAUGGGGACCUACAACUUCACCGUCCCGGCAGACAUGAGGCCAGGUCGCCAUAUCUUCGUCUGGAAGUGGAUCCGUGAUCCUGCUGUCAGUCCCUUCACCACGUGUUGGGAGGCUGACGUGUUCGCCACUAAAGCGGAGAGGGACGCGCACUACCUGGCAACGGGUCGCUCCACAGAAGACAUGUGGGACUUCUACCAGAUCCACAACAUCGUGGAUGGGAUGAUCAUGGACCCGGUGGAUCCGUCUAUCAACGAGGUCAUCACUGGAUGAGGACAAAAAACAGCCAAAAUGCACAACAAAAAGCUACCUAUGGUAGCAAAUAAAGGUUCCUCAGUA